AUGGCUUUCCGCCUCCGGCACAUCCACCUUCCCUCCGCCCCGGGGCGCGGCAUCUUCCCAACAUAUGCCUCCGCCUCGGCGCUGCAGGAGCUGCUUCGGCGACAAUUCCUCGACGCCAAAGACAAUGGCACCAUUUCACAACUUCAGCCAGCGGUCAUCUCAUUCACGCCGCAGCCCACAUUCACGCUCGGCAGGCGGCAGGCCGAAGCAGCCCUCAGCAGCGCUGAGCUCGCGCGCCUCAAGGCGCCCCUGCGCAUCACCAGCCCAAACGGGCAGCACGUCUUCGAGCCCGCGGUGCUCGCCUCCCCGCGCGGCGGGCUGACCACCUACCACGGGCCCGGGCAGGUCGUCCUGUGGCCGGUGCUGGACCUCAAGUCGCCGCGGCACCGGCAGUUCUCGGUGCGGUGCUACUCGCGGCUGCUGGAGACGACCACGAUCGCGGUGCUGGCGCGGCUAUGGGGCUUGCGCGCCUUCACCACCGAGGACCCGGGCGUGUGGGUGCGCUCGGUGUUCUCUGGGGCCGAGGCGCAAGAGGAGGAGGAGCAGGAGACGCGCAAGAUCGCCGCCCUGGGCGUGCAUCUCCGGCGGCACGUCAGCGCUCUCGGCACGGCGAUCAACCUCUCCAUGCCCACGACGCGGGGUGUCGUCAGUCCUGUCCCCAGCGACGGCAGUGCGACAAGCGCGCCAGUCACCGACGAGGACGGCGGCCAUGCUCGCCAAGAGAGCGAUGAGGAAUCCACGAACCCAUGGGCGCGGUUCGUGGCGUGCGGCCUCGCGGGCAAGGGUGUAACGUGCGUUGCGGCCGAGACGCAGGCGGCGCUGAAGGAUGGCCGCGGCGCUGGUCGUGGUGCUGGACGUGGUGCGGCUGUUGGGGGCGUUGUUGAAAGCGGAAGCGGAACCGCGGGCCUGAACGCCGGCACUGUGGCGUCCGCCUGGGCUGCUGAGCUGGCUAGGGCCCUGGGCGUGGAAGGGGUCGAUGAGAUCGAUGAGGCCGGUGUCGAGAGUCUGCUUGCGAAGGCCAAGGAUCAGGGGGCAGCUGGCUACGUUGCUUCCGCGGAGGAAGCGCUGUAG